GGGUAUAUUAACUUAAAAAACUGUCUCCAAUUAACCAAAGAUGUGCCGGAACUUCGAAAGAUUUUUAUUGUCGAAUACAAUGGUACGCUUCAUUCUGUUCAGCAUUAUCUGGUUGAGGAUCAUCGGAGGCACCAUCUUUCCUCACAUCAUCACCAUAGAGACGAAACAUCCUAUAGUCAACGAGACAAUGUAUGCCGCAUAUCCGAACCUCUGGAAGCUGAACAUGAGCCACCAAACGAAAUUUGAAUUCCCAGUUGACCAGGUUCUGCUGAUACACGACUCUCUGACACGUUACGAAUGCAACAAUUGUGGGAUAAAUUCCAUCUACCAGAUAUCCUUGUCGAAGCUACCACAACUUACAUAUCUUAUUGUAAAUAAUAACACCCUCCAGUACAUACAUCCAGAUGCAUUCCAGUACAAUACGCUAUUGGAAAAGGUCAGUCUGGUUGGCAAUCAACUUUCCACAUUCAAUCCGGAAGCCACAAUUCGGCACAUUACUGCCCUAUUCAUAAUGGAUCUAAGCAGUAACGAGCAAUUUGAUUUGAACAAGGUGGACCUGCGAUCUCCAAGAUUGAUGCUAUUCACUUGCAAUUACUGCCACACUACCUUUCUCGUUCAGGAAACACUGACCAACAUGCCAAGACUUUCCGCGCUGUAUCUGUCGUACAACGUAAUAGACAGGAUCGACGAUGAUGCUUUGAUGCUGGCAAAAUAUAUUACGAGGUUGACAAUCAACGGUAAUAAACCCUUGCAACGAUUGAACCUUACAUCAACAUCACUGAAAGUGCUCAGUGCUGCAGAAUGUAGUUUGAAUGGCACGCUGGAUACAUCUCACUUACCGAUGCUGGAAUCUAUCAACGUGAGAAAUAAUAGGAUUGCUCGGAUAAAUGAGGAUGGAUUUCAGCAGAAUCCAGAUAUCACAAUUAUCUUGCUGGACGAUAAUUCAAUCGAAAAAGUCCCCACAAUACUACUAGGACUUCCUAUGAACAGGUUGAACCAGCUAUGCAUGGACAGGAAUCCACUUCAACCGUGUGAUCAAACUGAUUAUGCAAAGAAGCUGUACGAAAUAAGAAGACUCCGCCGAAGUUGUUUGGAUGAUAAAAAUCAUUUGCAUAAGUUUGAAAACUAUCUACCGAUUACUACUGGAAAAGCGGUAUAUAAGAAAACUCCCAUCCAUCUUCGUAGUAGUGAUGGAUUAACAGUAGACCUUUCGAAUAGAGAAAUUGUAUACAUAGAACCAGAUUACCUAGUAGAUGAUAGAAAUGUGACGAAUGUUUUAUUUGACGAUAACCGUUCGUUUGAAUUUCAACAGGAUACGAUAUUUCUUAAAAGUUCUUCUGUUGAACUAAUAUCUUUAAAUAAUUGUUCAAUCACAACAUUAUACGAGGCUACAUUCAAAGAACUACCAAAUCUAAAAACCCUGCAUCUGCAGGGCAACCAAGUUCAAUCCAUUCAUUCCCAUUUAUUGUUCAAAAAUAACCCAAACUUAACAUUUCUGAGCCUCUCACACAACAAUCUUGAAUUGAUCGUUGCAAAUGCAUUCCAAACCCAUUCCCAGUUAGAAAUCCUUAACUUAGACUGGAACGAUCGUCUAUCAAACAGCGCCCAUGGUCCGUUCCUUCUGAGCACAUCACUAAGGAAGCUCAGCUGCAGACACUGCCGGUUUGUACGGCUUGACAAUAUGGCCCUGACAGGAUUACCAAAUCUGAUAGAACUAAACCUAGAAUACAAUCAAAUUGAAACAUUGGAAGCUGAUACCCUUCGGUGGACCACUGAACUAAAAAACCUUAAUCUACGACAUAACCGGCUGGUGGUUUUUAAACCGAACGUCAACCAGCUAAACCAUAUGAAGACACUUUGUCUAGCUGGUAAUCCACAGUUUGACUUGGAACAAUUGCUGUUGCAUGACAUUCCGAAGAUUAAGCAGCUGAACAAAGAUUGCCAAGACGAACAAUUUUCCAACAACUUGGUCGAACGGUACAAAUUAAUAAAAGAAGCAAAAAAUGGAACCAUGGAGUUGCGACAAAGGGAAUCUGCCUCAUCAAU